AUGGCAGCCCAAGCCGAAGCCCAGCCCGCAUCCCAGACCGGCGGAGUGCUCGAGAAGACAGAGCCGGCCGACUCUUCCUCCACCAAAGGGCCGCUGUCGGGGGAGAACACCGACAAUGAGCGUGGCAAGGAGACUGUCGCCUUGGAGCCCGUACGCACCGUCACGGGCUUCCGAUGGUACCUCAUCGUCUUCGCCAUCCUCUCCUCGACCUUCCUCUUCGCCCUCGACAAUACCGUCGUCGCCGACGUGCAGCCGCAGAUCGUUCUCCAGUUCGACGCCAUCAGGGACCUCGCGUGGCUCGGCGUCGCGUUCAUCAUGGCCGCGACGGCGGUGAACCUCGUCUUCGGCCAGCUGUACUCGCACCUGAAGCCAAAGUGGCUGUACAUCGGGAGCGUCGUCGUCUUCGAGGCUGGGAGCGCGCUCUGCGGCGCGGCCCCUGAUAUAGAGAGUCUCAUCGUCGGGCGUGCGCUCUGCGGUCUCGGCGGCGUCGGCAUGUAUGUCGGAGUCAUGGUCCUCAUCGCGGAGACGACGACGAUCCAGGAGAGGCCGAUGUACCUGGCAUGCAUCGGUUUGACGUGGGGACUUGGCACGAUCCUUGGGCCCCUGGUCGGAGGAGCGUUUGCCGACUCGGAUGCGACAUGGCGUUGGGCCUUUUACAUCAACCUCCCGAUCGGCGGUCUGGCAGCGCCUGUCUAUAUCUUCAUGCUGCCGUCUCCGGACCCGCAACCGGGCGCAUCGAUCCUCAAGCGACUGGCCGAUAUCGACUGGGUUGGUGCCGUGCUCAUGCUCGGUGCUAUCGUUACCUUCACCAUGGCGAUUAGCUUCGGCGGUGUGAUGUACGAGUGGAACUCGGGCUCGGAGAUCGCCCUCUUCGUCGUGGCCGGGGUCUUGUUCAUCGUCUUCGGCGUCCAGCAGGCGUACUGCAUCGCCACCACCAAAGAGCAUCGCCUGUUCCCCGUCGAGCUCAUCAGCACCCGCAAGUACUACCGGACAAUCAUCCUGAUGUUCUGCGUGACCGCCUCGGGGGGCUGUGCGAUCUUCAUCCCGGUGUACUUCAUCCCGAUCUUCUUCCAGUUCGCGCGCGGCGACAGCGCCAUCGACGCCGCCGUGCGGCUCCUGCCCUUCAUCCUGCUCAUGGUCGUCGUCACGCUGGCGCAGGGCGCCAUGCUGUCGCACCCGUCGGGCAAGUUCGGGCUGUACAUGCCCUGGUUCACCGUCGGCGGCGCCAUCACCGUCACGGCCGCGACCCUCAUGUACGUUGUCGAGACCGACACCAGCACGUCCUGGGUCUACGGGGCCUCGGCCAUGCUCGGCGCCGGCGUCGGGACGUACACGCAGGCGGGCUUCUCCAUCUCGCAGGCCAGCGUGCCGGAGCACAUGGCGGCCGUGGCGUCGUCGCUGAUGGCGCUGGCGCAGACGAGCGGGAUCAACAUCGCCCUCGCCGUCAGCAACGCUGUGUUCCUCAACAGGGCGGAGACGCGGCUGACCGAGAUCCUCCCCGACAACGUCACGGAGGAUCAGAUCCACCUCGCCAUCGCCGGCGUCGGGACGGACUUUGUGACGACAUUGCCCCCGCAGAUGCAGCAGGAGGUCCUCGAGGCUAUUGUUGAGGCACUGAACCUGCCGUACAUCCUGGUCAUCACUGCCGGAAGCGUUGUGCUGGUCAGCAGCUUGUUGAUGAAGAGGGAGCGCUUGUUCAUGAAGGCCGCUGCUGGCGGUGCUUGA